CCGGCUCCGCGCCUGCCGGCAUCUUUCCUGUCCGGGCAAGAGCCGAUGCGAGGCAAAGAAAUGCACGAGGCGGGGACAAGCGCUUGGUUCGAGCACCCCUCCUGGCCAAGGUCCCGACGAAACCAAAAGCUGCGGCCGCACUAGUCAGGAAACCGAAAGUGGAGGAUGGGACGGGGGAUUAAAUAGGCAGUCGGUGCUUGAAGGCCACGCUUUCCCGUCGAGACGGACACCGACAGAUCGCGGUCCUCUGAGGGCAGUCUCCGCAAGACAUGGAGGUGACCACCUGCAGGAGUCAAAGCACAGGGAUGGAUAAGGGCGCAAUCCUAAUGUCAACCCGGCCGGAGGAACUCAGCGUGGAGAACAUUGCAAAGGUGCGCAAUCGCCUGGAAUCCCUGGGUGCCCUUUCCCCAGCCCUGGAAAAAUGCCUGGAUGAAACACUGCUAAAAUUCAGCCGCGAAGAAAGCUGCGUGCAGGAGAACGCCUGCCUGGUGAUCAAAGGCGAGGAGAAGAAGCUGGCGUUUGUCUCUGGCAAGGGAGAGAUCAGCAUUCAUGUGCGCUAUGCAGAUGCCUACACUGACUACACGGUCAAGCUCCCCACAUUCAGUGCAGCAGUAGAGAAGUCACCAGAUGGUGUUUUGUUGUUAAGCGAGGAGAACCUACAGAAGAUACAGCAGGAAAUCCUCUCCUGGAGGGAAACUACCAAAGGCCUCAAGGCUUGCUUGGAAUAUGCCUUCGAUCAGUUUUGCCGAGAGCCUGUCCGUGUGCAGAACAAUUGCUGGAUGGAGAUAGCGAGCGAUGGAAGACAGCUGCAGUUAAUUUCUGGUGCGGGGGACAACCUCAUGAAAAUCUAUAGGACAAAAGAUAAAAAUAUCAAAUAUAAUAUUGUGCUUUCUACACUUUGGGAUGAGUUUGUGAGGGCUCUCACUCCCAGUGUUUGGUAACCAAGCUUUGCUAAUACAUGCACAAUCCACUGGGUGGACAGAAGGCAUCUGAGAUUUAUCAUGAAAGGCAAUUUAAAAGCCCAUCCAAUAAAUGCAAGAUAAAGCAGCUGCCAUAACUGGUGCUACCAAUCACAAGAUAUCAUUUGCAUUCGUACAACACAACAAGCAGCUCUGCGCGAUUACCAUGGUUUGAGCGUUUUUACCUGACAGACUGGCAAGUAUCAUGGUUUCCAUCCUCCCCACUCAGUUCUCCCAUAUGUGAUCACCCAUUGAGCCUGAAAUUCAAUCCCAAGGUGCAUCACGCCCUGCCUUAGUUGCCCGCCUCUUUAUCAUUGGCCCAUGCACGAAUGGCUGGAGUGGCUCCAGCAGUUGCCACUCUUUCCAGAGGACUCAGUGGUAGUAGCAUACCAGGGCCAUGGAAACCAUGAUGGAAGGUUCAGACAAUGCAACAAGCCAUGGCGGCAUGCAGAAGCCAUAGAACAAGCUUGUUUUUUUAUCAUUGUUCCUAAAGACCAAAUUUAUCCUGCUGAAAUACCACGACUAGCUUCAGGCAGCACAACAGACCAACAGUGUUGAAAAACUACCUUGCCUUAUGGUGUCGUCUGAACCUGGCCAUCAUGCAAUUCCUCUGCUUUUUCUCCCCACAAGAAAUUUCUGCAGCAAGAAAAAAGCUGGAAACGGGAACAUUAUGGCCAGAAAUCAAUGUAGCCUAGACACCCCCCUGCAAAAUUCCAUGGAUGAGAGACAAAGAUGGUACGCUUCUGAAAAGGCUCAUCUGGAAGCCCCCAUAUUGUUACUUCUCUAGGAUCCAGGGCAUCCAUGGGUUCAUUGCAGCACAAAUGGCAGCUCAGGUCCAGAAAGGCAAUGGGGAGAGCUGUUGCAUCGCUGACAGGUCACAAUACAUACGCACACUCUGAACUGAAGUACCUGGACCUUGCUUCUUUCAAACCAUACUCUGAAAGGGGGAGGCAAGCGCAAGAGAGUUUGGGAUCUCAUUAAAAGGGUGCUUGCUGUGCUACUUCGCCUUUUCCAGGCACUGCAGUCCUUAAGUGCUUUGCUUUGUUUUCAAUUCAGCUUUGUUACAGUAUUUUAAAAUCUUGUAGAUACUUUUAAAUCUGUACAAGUUUUAUAUCAUGGUCCAUCAUGUUGCAUUUUAUGUAUGUAACUCUUAUGAACCACCUGGAGAACCUGUACUAGACAGUAUCUGUAUGUAAUAAAUAUCAAAUAAAUAAAUCCAUUUUCUUUUAUGACUUGUUUGAAACUGCCAUCUCAGUUCUUCAGUUGGUGUAGGGGGAAAGGAGCGGAAAAGCAAGCCAGCAUGGUAAACUUUCACUUCAAUCUCUCAAGGUUUCUGCAGGCUCCUAAAACUGAUUUUAAAAAAUCUGCCCCAGUUUGCCACCUGCAAAUUCAGAUCCAGGUGAGUGCCUCUGCCAUCACAGUUUUGGAGGAUGUUAAGCCUGUGGCUCCAUCCGUGUCCAAGGAAUGUUCUUCCUAGAUCUGCACCAACAGCUGCCUAUUUUAGGGGGCUUUCUAUUCCCCCGGGCUUUUCACACAUCAGCAGCACAAUACAGGUGUUAAGGAAGUCCAGUUGUGCUAAGUUUAAUUUUUCUGUUCCUUCUUUGUAGCAAUUUGAUUUUUCCCCUCAUUUCUAAGAAAGGAUAUGCUCAGAAGCAGAAUUAAAAACGUUAAGAGUAAUAAAAACAUUAAACCUG